AGGGGGGAGGGGUGAGGGGGGGUGUGUUGUUAGCAAGUUAUGCGCUCAGGAGGUUGUACAUUGCAACAGACGCUCACAGCGGAGGCGGCUUCAGUGGUGAAGCACGCGCUGGUGUUGGCGCGUAGGAGAGGCCAUGCACAGGUGACCCCUCUCCACGUGGCCGCCACUUUGCUGUCUCUGAGAGCCAGCUCUCUCCGCCGAGCAUGCCUCAGAUCUCAAUUUCCCAACCACCAGCAACACCCUCUUCAGUGCAGGGCGCUUGAGCUUUGCUUCAAUGUCGCUCUCAAUAGACUCCCCACCACAACGCCAACGCCGCCUAACUUUCUCAGCGUUAAUCCCUCUCUUUCCAAUGCUCUCAUUGCUGCGCUUAAACGAGCCCAGGCUCACCAGCGACGCGGCUGCAUUGAGCAGCACCAACAGCAGCCUCUUCUUGCUAUCAAAGUUGAGCUUGAACACCUUAUUAUUUCCAUUCUUGAUGAUCCUUCUGUUAGUCGGGUCAUGAGAGAAGCUGGAUUUUCCAGCACCGCUGUUAAGACUAAUAUUGAAGAUUCUUCUUCUUCUUCUUCUCCAACUUCUCAUUCCUCUUCUGCUGCUGGACCUUGUUCUGUUUUCUACGCCAACAACACCAACACUUUCACCACUCUCAGGCACCAUCAUUUCUUGGGUGGUAAUUCUUCUGAGUACCUUCCAUCUUCAGCAACGCUGUUUUCCCCUCAGCACAAGUCUUGCAACAAGGAAGACAUGAUGGCGGUUCUUAAUGCGCUGUUAAGCAAGAAGAGGAACACUGUGAUAGUUGGCGACUCUUUGUCGAUAAGCGAGGCAGUGAUGGCGGAACUGAUGGUGAAGCUUGAAAGAGGCCAUGUCCCUGAGGAGCUGAAGAACACAGAGUUGAUCAAGUUCCAAUUCUCAGGGCAGAUGAAAAGGGAGGAAGUGGAAAUGAAGGUCGCAGCACUGAAGAGAAAAGUAGAAGGAGGAGGUGCCAUUUUCUAUGUUGGGGACUUGAAGUGGACGGUGGAAGGUGAAGGAGGAGGAGAAGUUGAACAUGUAGUACAAGAGAUUGGGAAGUUGUUUAAUGAAAAGAAUAGUAAUAAUAAGAAGGUGUGGCUAAUGGGAACAGCGAGUUACCAAACAUAUAUAAAGUGUCAAAGAAGGGAGCCACCUCUUGAGAACCACUGGGCUCUUCAGCCUGUUCCUGUUCCAUCAUCAGCUCGACUUGCCUUGACUCUCCAUGCUACUUCCAGUGUGUAUGAUUCGAAGAUGAGCAUGCCCCACAACUCUUCUCACAUGUUUGACAUAAUGCACUUGAGUAACAAGAAGGAGGACGAAGAGGAAGAAAAACUGAAUUGUUGUGAAGAAUGUGCGUCCAAUUAUGAAAAAGAACUUGGGUUGUUCAAGCCAGGACACAAGAAACUCUUACCUUCUUGGCUUCAGACACAUACCACCGAAGCCCAUCCAAAGGAUGAAUUGGGAGAGCUGAAGAGAAAAUGGAACAGACUUUGUAACUGUCUCCACCAUAGCAAACAACUUGGGCAAUAUGGUAACAAUAACAAUGCAAAGAUCUAUCCUUACAAUUCGUCAUACCCAUGGUGGCCAAAUCAAAACACUCUCUUCCCAGAUUCAAAUUCAACUUCCAUAUCUUUUGCUGAUCCUGUUCUGCCUCAUCAUCAUCAUCAUAACUCCAACAACAACCACCACCACCACCUGGUGCCGCGGUUCCGGCGCCAACAAUCAUGCUCUACCAUUGAGUUCAAUUUCACCGAGGUCACUCAGAAAAAACAAGAAUCAAUAACAAGAUCAGCCACCUUGGACAAUCAAGAAGUAAAUAUUUCUCUGGCUCUUGGAAAUUCUACUUUCAGAGAUGAUGGUUCGGGCCAAACACUGGUACUUCAAAGUAGAGCUCAUAUUUGUAAAGUGUUGCAGGAAAAUGUUCCAUGGCAAUCUGAAACACUUCCUUCAAUAGCAGAGGCCUUAGUUGAACUUGAUUCAGGAAUAACAACAAAGAAACAAUGGUUUCUUUUGCAGGGGAAUGACUUUGUUGGCAAAACAAGGUUGGCGCGUGCCAUCGCUGAAUCCGUGUUUGGAUUCGGCCUUGUGGAUAAUCAUGAUGAUGUUUUCCUUCACUUGGAUAUGAAGAAAGUGGGGCAUUCUUCUGUUACCAUAUUUCCUGAAGUUCUUGCUACAUCACUGAGAACCAAAGAGAAGCUUGUUGUUUUAAUUGAAGAUUUCGAUUUGGCCGAUUCCCGGUUCAAGAGGUUUGUUGGUGAUGAGUUUGAGGCAUCAAAGUUUGGGAAUUUAAGCAAAAAAGACGAGAAUCUAGAGCAAGCUAUAUUCAUUUUGACUUCGGGUGGGGUCGACGGCGAUGAGGUGAUCAAGAACAAGGACAAGGACUCAUCGGUGAUGAAUUUGGUGUUCAAGAUUGAAACCAAGGCUAGCACCAUGGAUUUUUCAUCUUCAUCAUUGGCAGCUGAUUGUUACUUGGGCCACAAGAAAAGAAGGGCUCAUGAACUAGACUUGUUUGGAAAGAUUAACAAGAGUCCAAGAAUUGAAGAGAAUGAAGAGAACUUGUUGCUUCAGGGACAAGUAAACAAGAAGAAAGACUUUUCAAGACAAUCGAGUUCCAAUACCCUUGAUCUUAACAUGAAAGCAGAUGAAGAAGACUACGAUGAUGGAGAAGAAGAUGAGAGUAGCCCAAUUUCAAGUGAUUUAACCAGAGAUACAAUGGCUGAACACAUGAACUCAAAUGGGUUCCUUGAAUCAAUUGAGAACAGGUUUGAGUUCAACCAAAGUCCAGCUAGAUUGAAAGAGAAAGAGGAACUUUUUUUGAACAAGAUCAAAGAGUCUUUUGAUGAGGUUUUUGAGAAGAAGAAGAUGGUGAAGUUCAAUGUAGAUGAAAAGGUGAUAGAGGAAAUUGGUGUUGGGUGUGGUAAUUUUACUAACAGCGUGUUUGAGAAAUGGCUGAAAGACAUUUUUCAAAACAAGUUAUUAGAGACAGUUAUUAACUGUGAUCAUGGGAAGGAGGGUAUAGUUUUUAAUAUUACACUUUGUUUGGGGGGUGGUAAUGGUAAAGGAUAUAAUAGUAAAUUUGAUAAUAGUAGUGGGGGUGGUGGCGGGUUCAUGAAUUCAUGUUUGCCCAAGAAUAUCCAAAUUAACUACUUCAUGGAUUGAAGAAAAAACUGACUUUGGGGGUUGGUUAGAGAGAGAGAGAGGGGAAUUGUAAAAUUUAUGGUCCAUAAGAAUAUGUAAAAUUAUUGGGAGUAAU